AUGCCCAGUUCAAGCUUCAACUCAGGCUUCAACUACAACAACCUCAACCAUUUGUUAAAUCAAUAUGGUUCGUUGAUCAAAAAGAAACAAAAAGGCGACAAGAACCAUUACAAAAGAUCCACCCACCCCACGUCUGUUCCCUUGAACAAGCUCUUUUCCAACAACUUUCCUUUGUCCAUCAAGGAAUCCCUUGAGGACUAUAGUUACCGCAAUAACCCUUUGAAGUUUCAGCAUGAUUUGCUCUCGGUGUUGCCGUUUUAUCCCGAGGCAGACGCCUUGGGUCGAACCAGUGAUGUCCUUCAGACUGUGAUUGACGACCAAGGCAAUUACAUCAAUGAGUUCGUCAUCUACCCUCCAGGUAAAUCUGAAGCGGACUCUGCAUCGAUGAAUCACUUGAUAAUGGUGCACGGAUAUGGAGGUGGUCUAGGAUUCUUUUUGAAAAACUUCGAUGCCAUCUCCACCUUGGAUAAUUGGUGCAUUCAUGCGAUUGACUUAUUUGGAUAUGGGUGCUCAUCUAGGCCCCCGUUCAAACUUGCGAAGGAAGACUUGGACCACGUAGAUAAAUGGUUUCAUGACUCGUAUGAAACUUGGCUUGACAAGAGGAAUUUGAACCGUUCGAGUACCUCUGGCAAAACCUUGGUAAUGGCACACUCCAUGGGUGCAUACAUCUUAGGAUCUUAUGGGAUCAAAAGAGAUCCAAAUUUCUGUGACAAGUUACUUAUGGUAUCGCCUGGUGCUGUUUUAAAGCAUCGCAAAGCGGUUGCAGUGCCUAAAUAUUUUGCUAAAUUGUGGGAACAAAAUAUUUCGCCUUUUACCUUGGUUAGAAAAGCUGGUCCCCUUGGUUCCAAAGUAGUGAGUGGUUGGUCCCAUAGGAGGUUUGCUAAGCUCCCUCAAGUAGAGGCUACUUUGCUUCACAAGUAUGCAUAUGGAAUAUUCCAGGGCCCGGGUUCGGGUGAGUAUAUGUUGAACUAUUUGUUGGCACCAGGUGCCGAUGCAAGACACCCAUUGAUUGAGAGAGGCAUUCAUAAAUUAAACUGCAAAUUGUCCUGGUGGUACGGUAAAGAAGAUUGGAUGGAUAAACAGGGUGGUAAAUUGUGUUCCGACAUUAUCAAUAGUUAUCAUGGCGAGAUUCGAAGUGAUGUGGUGGAAAUUGAAGACAGUGGCCAUCACCUUUACCUCGACAACUACCAAAAGUUCAAUGAAAUCUUGGUGCAGGAAAUGAAGGAAUUAGAGAGCAGCUGCUAG